ACGGAAAAUCCAUCGGCCCUAUCAUUUUUUUGGCCAUGAUCAUUUGCUUCAAUUGUGACUGACCCUGGGCCUCACUCAUAGAUAGGUAUCGCCCGCUAUUCAUUCCAAGGAUUUGGAAUCGAGAUCCAUACCUCAUUUUCUCUGCGCGACCUGAAUUCCUCUCACAUAACCCCCCAGCAAGCGAUGUCGGUGCGAUUCUCUAAUUGACUUGCCAUUUUCCCCAUACACCCAAGUUGCUCCAUCUGUCAACCUAAACCUGACAAAUGACGACCACAACGUCCGAUACUAAACGUCUUCAUAUCACCCCGUUCUCCCCCGACAUUCUUCCUUCCGUGCUGCCUGCGUCGAUUCGGUCUCUCGCUACCGAGAUCUCCUUCCAUUCCAUUCCAACCUUCCCAGAAAACGACUUCGGUUACGUGACCCUGCCAACCAUGGAGGCCGACAAGAUCAAGAAGAAGCUGAACGGCUCCAUCCUCAAAGGCAAAAAGUUCAAGGUGGACACCGCUAGGCCCAAAAAAAGAUCUCGGACCGAGGAAGAGGAUGCCGGCCAUGCUGCGCACAAGUCCUCGUCAGACAAGAAGUCCAAGAAGCAAAAGGCGGGAGAGGAAGUUCUGGAGGGGGUUGAGCUCCCGUCGGAUCGCAAGGUGAAGAGAGGCUGGACAGAGUCGGCAGAUGCCAAACAGGAAAGGCGCAAGGACGAGAAGAGGAACAAGAAGGGCAAGGAUGAAAAGGCGGCAAAGUCCCAAGCGAAAUCGAAGUAUACCGAGAAGUCGGAGUGCUUGUUUCGCACCAAGGUCCCCCCAAAUAAGGCAUCUACAGUCGACGAGAAAUCUGAGAAACAGACCAAGAAGAAGAAUAAGUCUUCGCAGGAGACCGUUGUUCAUGAGUUCUCCAAAACAGUUACACAGCCGAGUUUCUUACGAUCCGAAAACAACGGGUCCACGCCUACGUCUGGUUUUGAACAAGGCAAGGGCUGGGUGGAUGAGGCCGGAAAUGUGAAGGAAAACGUCAGCGAUCGGAUAAGGACAGACCAGUAUAGACCGGGACAAAAGGCCGGGGCCAAGGAGAAGGGAAAGUCCAAGUCGCAGAAGACCAUCAAGGAACCUGAACCUGCAGACGAGUCGGAGGAUUGGACCUCCUCCAGUGGCGAGAGCUCGUCCGAAGAGGAUUCUACAGACUCUGAAAGCGACGGAGACGACUCAUCUAGUUCGACGGAGGAAACGGAUGAUUCGUCAUCCAGUAGCGAUGACGAUCAGUCGGUACAUCCCGAACAAGAUAAGACAAAGAAUGACAACACACCCUCGGAAGGCGUCCACCCGUUGGAAGCACUCUUCAAGAGACCCGCACCCGGCUCUUCUGAAGUGAAGCCUGACACGGAGGAGAAUGCGCCAUUCAGCUUCUUUGGACAAGACGAUAUAGAGUCCGAAGAAGAGGUGGAAGAAAAGCCCGCCGGUCCGCAUACGCCUUUUACUAAGAGAGAUCUGCAAAACCGCGGGUUAAGGAGUGCUGCCCCAACGCCUGACACAGCUCUAGUUGGCCGGGGUAUUAACUGGAAUGGGUUGGGACCGGCUGAUCCCAUGGACUUGGAUGGUGCAAUGCACCUGACGACACCGAUACCCAAAGCCGCGGCUAAAGAGACGGAUGACUCGGAGUUUGUGAAAUGGUUCUGGGAGAACCGUGGUGACAACAACCGCGCCUGGAAGAGGAGGCGUCGCGAGGCUGCUAAGGAGCACAGACAGAGAGACAACCGCAGCAAGGGCAUGAAAGGAAAAUCCUAGGGCUGCGUUGCUGGUGCCUGACAUAUCUGCGUACAUGCAUGCAUGCAUCAUCAUCAUCAUCAUCAUCAUCAUCAUCAUCGGCGUUUUGGCUGGCAAGUUGCACUAUCUUGCCAUUUAUACUUCGCAUAUAGACAUGGAACAUUGCCGCAUCUAUCGG